AUGCACUUGGGCAAUUUGAUUCUCGUUGCUAGCACGGCUGUGCUUGCCGUUGCAGCGCCUAAUGUUGAGAAGAAGAAGAGAGGCCCAAAGAAGUUCCAAUGGUUCGGCGUCAAUGAGUCUGGAGCCGAGUUUGGGAAUAAAGCCAUCCCAGGACAAUUGAACAAGGAUUACGUAUGGCCACCAAGCUCAACUAUCGACACCCUCGUUAACAAAGGCCUCAAUGCCUUCAGAGUCCCCAUAAUGAUGGAGCGCAUUAUACCCAGCAAGAUGACAGGCGGUACGAACGCAACUUAUGAGCAAGGAAUGACCACUUAUAUCAACUACAUCACAUCCAAAGGCGCCUAUGCUGUCCUCGACCCUCACAACUUUGGGCGGUACUACGAUGCAGUUAUAAGUGACUAUGCCGGCUUCCAAGCUUUCUGGAAAACACUUGCUACCAUCUACAAGGAUAAUAGCAAAGUCAUCUUCGACUGCAACAACGAACCACAUGAUAUGGGCUCCGCUAGCGUGCCGCAACUCAUGCAGGCCUGUAUUGAUGGUGUUCGUUCUGCUGGUGCAACGAGCCAGUAUAUUUUCGUUGAGGGAACGAGUUGGAGUGGAGCUUGGACUUGGGUCUCGGCAGGUAACGGUAACCUAGCCUCCCUCACAGACCCGGAAGAUAAGAUCGUUUACGAAAUGCAUCAAUAUCUUGACACCGAUGGCUCCGGAACAUCCGCCAACUGCGUCUCCGCGACUAUCGGCUCUGAGCGUCUGCAAGCUGCUACCGCCUGGCUGAAAUCCAAUGGCAAGAAGGCCAUCCUUGGCGAAUUUGCCGGCGGUGCCAAUACACAGUGUAAUGACGCCGUUAAGGAUUUGUUAACUUAUAUGACAAGCAAUAGUGAUGUGUGGCUUGGUGCACUUUGGUGGGGUGGUGGUCCAUGGUGGGGAAACUAUAUUUAUAACAUGGAACCGCCUAGUGGGACCGCAUAUACGUCAACGUUACCGUUGAUGUUGCAGAUUGUUUAG